AGUGCCAGAGCCAGCUGCCGUUGCUGUGGAAAGCCCCGUCACAUCAGAGGUCCUACAGGGAGCAGCAUCAAAGGAGAGGCCGGAGGGGGGAGCGCUGGUGUCGGAUUCUACAGGAAGACAGGAAAACUGCAUUAAAAGGGGAUUUCUAGAUCAGCACUGGAGUCCAGUAGGCUAAUGGGCAAAAUGCCUUUCUUCGGGAACACUUUUAGUCCAAAGAAAACACCACCUAGAAAAUCUGCAUCGCUUUCCAACUUGCACGCACUGGAUCGAACAACCAAAGAAGUGGAAUUGGGUCUAGAUUAUGGUUCUCCAAGUAUCAGCAUUGCAGGCCAAAGUUUAAAAUUUGAAAAUGGACAGUGGAUAACUGAAUCAGGUGGAACUGGAUCACAGAAAGACCUCCAACGUCUUCGAAAAAGAAAUCUACAGCUGGAGGAAGAAAAUAACUUACUUCGCCUGAAAGUAGACAUCUUGCUAGACAUGCUCUCCGAGACCACUGCAGAAUCGCACCUUAAGGAAAAAGAGCUAGAAGAACUGAAAAGCCUGAGUGGGCGAAGAAAAUAAGUAAUAAGCAGAGAAGAUGCCCAAAGGAUCAAACUGCAUUUGCCAUCAGUGAAUGUCUGCGUAGCCGGCAAAUAUGGCAUAGUGGACCUAUUUUCUUUUUGUCUCAAAUACCCUUCCUUUUUUUAUUAUUAUUAUAUAAAGUUUCUACAGAUUGAACUUCUUUAUAUGGAAAUGCUAGUUUACACUAUUUUAUUUUUUAAAGAAAAUAUUUCAUGUAAGAAUUCUAGCAAGUGUCAAAUUCAUUCAAGUGUAAGUUCACUUUCAGCAACGUUUUCCAACAACCCCCUAUGUAAUUCCAUGUUUCCUGAAUAUAAAAUACCAAUGCUCAUCUUUCAAAUGCUUCACCUGCUCCCAUUCCACAUACAGCUGAAAAACGAUGACCACUCAAACUCUGGGCCGUUCAAAGUGUAAAUUCCCUCCUUCUCUAACUCGGCUCAGCUGCUGCAUCUAAAGAGGAAGAGAGUGCACUACACGUUUUGUAAAAUUUUGAUGAAGGUACACUUACACUUUAAUUUUGUCAACUAUUUUACACUUUUAUACUCUGAGAAAUCAUCAAUAGUAAUAAUUGCAGGACAUGGGACAAUUAUGGACAGGAAAAAAGUGGUGCAAUAUUAACACAUUAAGACACUACAAUACACCCUUUUUGCUCUUGUUCAGAUGGACAAUUGAAUAAGAAAAAAAAAUGGAAAACGGCCCUAACAAAGAUAAAUAAAAA